UAACAAGGUGAGCGGCCAUUUUGUUAGCCCUGUGUAGCUGUGUAGAUUUCGUUCAUCAAAUUUCAUUGAAAGUAACAGCUUGUAUACGUUUUUGCUUAUGUUGUGUUUUUGAUUAGAGGCUUUUAUGUUAGAAUACGACGUGUUUGUCCGCUGACAUUAAACACAGUCAUUCAUUUUUCGAGCCGCUUUGAGUUUGCUAGCUCUUCGGCUAGCUGGCUAACUUGUUUACGUGUUUCGUUUGGAGGAAACGUUUCACUGUCAUGACCGCCAGCUUUUAAAUGUUUCAGUUAUCGAAUAAGCACGGUUUGUCCGCUUAUGACUCCCGUCGUUUUGGUCUUUCAAUUUAGUUUUCAUUGAAGAAAAGUUAAGCCAAGUUCGGGGAUCUUCAAACUCUACGUGUACCAUUGUAAUUAACUCGAACUCCGUCAUCGGCUGACUGUUGUCGGUUCAGCGCUCGGCCAACCCGAAGCAACAUGUCAGAGCUGUACAUUCGGGUGGCUGAGGAUGAGAAUGAGGAGCCCAUGGAGAUCCCCUCGGAGGACGAUGGGACUGUUCUGCUUUCCUCGGUGUCAGCCCAGUUCCCAGGGGCUUGUGGUUUGCGGUACAGAAACCCGGAGUCCCAGUGCAUGAGGGGAGUUCGGUUGGUAGAGGGAGUCCUGCAUGCACCAGAGAGCAGCUGGGGAAACCUGGUCUAUGUCGUCAACUACCCCAAAGAUAACAAAAGGAAGAUGGAGGAAAUAGACGCAGCAUCGGCUGUUAAAGUAAAAAGAGGGUUUCAGAAAACAUCUGAUCUCAUAGUGCUCGGGCUGCCUUGGAAAACAACAGAACAAGACCUGAAGGAUUAUUUUAGUACCUUUGGGGAGGUCAUCAUGGUACAGGUGAAGAGGGAUGCAAAAACUGGCAAUUCAAAAGGAUUUGGGUUUGUCCGCUUUGCUGACUAUGAGACACAAACUAAAGUUAUUGCUCAGAGACACAUGAUUGAUGGACGAUGGUGUGACUGUAAGCUUCCAAACUCAAAGGCAUCUCCUGAUGAACCGAUGCGGAGCCGUAAAAUCUUUGUGGGCCGCUGCACAGAGGACAUGACGACAGAUGAUCUGAGGCAGUACUUCAUGCAGUAUGGGGAGGUCACUGAUGUCUUUAUUCCCAAACCUUUCCGGGCGUUCGCAUUUGUCACAUUUGCUGAUGAUCAGGUUGCCCAGGCAUUGUGUGGAGAGGACCUGAUCAUCAAGGGCGUCAGCGUGCACAUCUCCAACGCUGAGCCCAAACACAAUAACAGUAGGCAAAUGAUGGAUCGGGGCCGGUUUGGGGCUGGCGGGUUCAGUCAAGGGUAUGGCAGUAAUCGUGGGGGGCUAGGUGGCGGCAGCGGAGGGGUUAACUUUGGGGCUCUGGGUCUUAACCCAGCUAUGGUGGCAGCAGCUCAGGCAGCACUGCAGAGCAGUUGGGGAAUGAUGGGCAUGCUGGCUAACCAGCAGGGGUUGACCACGGCGGCAGGCACAGCCUCUACGACCAGAGAUCAGACAUACAGCUCUGCCAGCACCAGUUACAGCAGCCCCAGCUCAGCUAGCCUCGGCUGGGGUGCAGGCACCAACACCGCCUCAAACAGCGGCUUCAGCUCCGGCUUUGGCACAUCAAUGGAGUCUAAAUCUUCUAGCUGGGGAAUGUAGACAGCUGAGGGUUGACGUUUUCUCUUUCUGUUAGGCAUAUCUGGUAAGUACACCUACAGGAAGGAAGUGCUUAUACUUUAUUUAAAAAUGAAACACUGCCUUUUAUUUUAUCAAAGCGAACGUUUCUACUUGUGUGGCUGUGUAGUCAUACAUGGAAUGGGUGAAAAGUUUAGUUUGAGGAAUCUUCCAAACUUUCUAGUUUUGUUUGUGAGAAUACGUUAUGAAGAGAUGACUGUGCAUGCACCAUAACUAUUUAUAAACAUGCACGAGUGUUUAGGUCUCCCUGCAGUCCGUCGUACGCUGGCUGUUAGAUAAUUAUAUAUUUAUGCAUUAUAUUGGGUUUUUUUUUUGGUUGGUUGGUUAUUUCCUCUGUUGGAAACGCCUUCAUGAACGUUUCUUCCGCAGUUCACCAACUCUUUCACAAUUUCCCGGGAGGAGUCACAUCAUUGGCUGCAAUGCUCGGCAGAUCUCAGUAUCCCUCCUCCCACAUGUAAAUGCUUUAUCAUCCGAGGUCACAGCUUCAGUCUGCGUAUACAGUGUUAGACGGUGGGUGUUGCCUUUCUUUCCUCUCUUUUUCUGUUUUUAUUUUUCGGGAUAUAGGGUCUGCCACUGUCGCUUUUUGAUCUCGAUGAAUGGAUUCGGUGUUGGACUGAAUGAGAGUGAGCAAAAGGACGGAAAGCAAGUACUGUUUGUGCUUUAUUUUUAUUUUUUGAAAGACAAAUGCCUGGGAGAGAUGAGAAGAACCUGUGGCUUUUUGUGCGAGUGUGAGAGAAAGAAGCAAAGUACGUGUGUGUUCUCAGUGACCAUCACAAGGACAUUUGUUGACAUCUCAAGAGCCCAGAUUUUUCUACUUUCUCAUAUCGUUUUCUAUCCAACCCUGAUUCUUUACAAAAAAACAAACAAACACUGAAUUGUCAAGUGCUUUGAAUAUCUAUAUAUUUUAGUAGAUCUUUUCUUGCUGUCCAGUUCGAUGUGAAUGCCUGUGUUAUUUUCUCCUUGUUACCACCCUGUUUGUGUGAAAAUGUGACUUUGUUUGUGAAGUCUGUGUGCAGGCGGGGAAACACAGAAAGAGUGCUGAAGUUUGGGCGAUGUUCCUGGUGAAUGUUUGAACAGAUCCCAUUGGAAGUUUGUGUUUGAAGUGGUUUUGAAUGCAUUUUCUAUGUUUUGUGAAUUAAAGGGAAGUGUGAAAUAAAACUUAAUUUGACUAGGAGGAAAAUACCCUCUUGACAAAGACUUGUUUUUGACUUUAAUCGAACUGCCAACACUUUAAUUCACAUGUUUAGGUUCGACAGAUAUGGAAAAGCCAGGCUUUCUUCUGAGCCCUGGUUUGGAGUCUGCUGUGCUGAAGAUGAACGGGAAACCGCCUUAAAUACGGAAGGAUCUACUUUGCCUCGUUAGCAAGAAAAAUUCAACCACUUAUUUAGAUGGUAUAAUGAUCAAAUCACAUGUUUGUUUUCUUCAGAUAUUGUAUCAAGUUAAAUUUACGUAUUAAAUUGUCAGUGUUGCCCUGUUAAGAUUUCUACCUCACUGGAACAUUUUCAUGAACAUAUUCCCAUUCACAAGUCACUGAUAUAUGAAAGUAUAAAAUGUGAAACUAUCAAUGUCAAGGUUUGUAUUAGCGCAGCAGGAUAGAUUAACUGCUGUUUACUUUCGUGAAGUGUAUUUUCAUUUUGCAGUCUAAAGAUUUGAGUGCAAAAUCCCACUUUGUUUUGAGGUGCUAGAGUUGCAUUGUAAAAUAAAGAAUAGUUUUUUUUAAUAAUA